GGAGCGUUCGACUGUCUCGCGCGCGCGUCGUUCCGUACGCAUCAAACGGUGCUGGAUGUCCGCGGAGGCUCGCUCGUUACGUGGUUUUAGAAACCAGUAGUCUGUUGACUCGGCAGAACGCUGGAAGAGAGGCGUCACUUAACUAGUUCGCGUGUGUGUGUGUAUGUGUGAAGCGACGGGAAGAUGGCCGAUGCGUUCGUGAACGAGUCCACGGUAACGUCCGACAGUAUAAUGGACAGACCUCUGACGCAACUCACCUACAAAGAACUCCAGAGCAUUGCCAUGUUGAUCGGUCUGCCGGCAAACAUGAAGCAGUCCCAGAUGCUGACGAUGGUACAAGCCCGCCAACAGGGCAGGGAGAACAUAGUUCGGCGCAUGCUGGUGGCCUACCGCGAGCAGAGGCACAGAUCCAGGCUGCCCAACCACGCCGCGCCCGCGGCCGGCAAGAGACGCAGGCUCGCCCCUAGGUGUGCCCCCAGCACCCCGCCCCGACAGCUGCCCGCCAUCCUGCCUCAGCCGUCUCGUCAGGCACCUAUGGCGAACGUCACCGCUUCCUCGCCCGUGCGGGCUGCGCACACUGCGAUUGGUUCCUCGGCAAUCAGCAGCUCGACUCCUUCACUGGAGCAGCCACCGCAGUUGGCACCCUUGACAUGGCAGUACCAGCAGUAUCAGUCAGCUUGGUUUGCCAACGCAAGUGCUGUUAGCUGUGGACAGUUUUUCACCCCAACAAGUGACUAUCAGGCAGUACCGUUAGAUGGCAUUUUAAAUCAAGGCAUCAUCACGACCCGAAUGCAACCCACCUUGCUUCCUAGCCAGCCGUGCCAGACAUCGUUUGCGAGGCACUCGCAAAUCAACCAAUACUUUGACGAGAACUUGAUGAGCCGGCAGUCGCCGAUGUAUCCCGACAGCGUGAUGCAGCUCGCAAGUCAGGCACCGCCCGCGAUGAUGAGCCUGCCCUACGGCUACGAGACCGGGCUGAGCUCGGCGAUGCACGAGCCGUUCUUCCCGGCGUACGGCGGCCUGUCGCCGGGUCUCGCGGAGAGCGCCCUGUACGGGCCGGGCCCCGUCUGGGGCCCGACCUUGCAAGGCUUCGAACUGGCGAUGGGAUUGCCGGAGGGUGUGGACCUACGGGCGAGCCGGGACUUCGCCUUGUCGCCAGCGCGGGAGGAGGGCUCGCAUCAGCCGUGCUAUGCUGCCUGCCCGUCGCCGCUUGACGCGCCCGUCGACACGGGCCCACCGUGCGACAUCAAACCAGAGUUCCCUUGCCUCGGCUCCAACGUUACCUCGACGUUCCGUUGCUACACGAGGCCCAUAUGCAGUGUAAGGUCGUCGCAGGAGUCGAUGCUGACCUUGGCGUCGCUGCCGCUGUCUGGCCUGGGGGACGACGAGGAUGAGGACAUUGGGGGCUGCUGUGACGAGGGCUGCUGCGGGGGCGGCCCGUGCGGCAGCCCCGGGGAGGACCCGCCGCCCACGCCUCUGUACACCCAGUUCCGCCACGACGACAAGCUCUCACUGCCGCUCAUCUACCACUACAUCGCGUCCACGGAGGAGAUGCUGCUGGGACAGCAGCAGCAGCAACAGCAGCAACAGCCGCAGCUUCAGGAGGAAAUAGUGUCGCAGUCUGUCAGCAGCCCUGCAGUGAUUGUCAGCAUGCCUGCAGCGAUAGUCAGCAGUCCUGAAGUGAUUGUCAGCAGCCCUGAGGUGAUCGCCCAACUGCCAUCGGAGAAAGACAGCUCUCCGGUCCAGAGGGAAGUCGCUUCGUCCAGCGUGCAAGUGAGCUCUGCUUCUAGGAACAUUCCGAACAAGUUAGCUCGGAGUCCGUGCUGUUAUAGAAGUGAAGGCUGCCUCAAGCAGUUGGUUCGAGACGUGUUGGGUCGUCACGAGACUGUGUGUCCGUACCGGCCCGUCAGCUGUCCCCUCAGGGAUUGCUUUUGGAAAGGAAAAAUGAAAUUUUUUGAGGACCAUCUUCGCCAGAUCCAUACAGAGAAGAUUGUGCGUGGUCUCGAAGGUAGUCACGUGAUCCCUCUGGCACAGAUACGAGAAGAAGAGAGCAUGCACUUCAUACAGGAGACGGACGGCAAGAUUUACGUCAUCUCCGCCCACUACAUUGGACAUCUGCUCCGCAUCACUUUGCAGGCUGUGGUGGUGGACAAGAUGCCCCCCUACAUGAAGGGCUCGCUGGAGGUGGUGGGCUCGGACGGACGGCCCUACGGGUGGUGGGGCGGCGUCCACGCGUUCGGCCGCUCGCUGCUCGCCCUGUGGGACCAGGGCAUGUGCCUCGCGGUGGACCUGGAGGCGGUCGGGACGCUCGACGGCUGCGUCACGGUGCACUCCACGGUCUUCCUCGGCACCCCGCCCGCCAGGAAGAGCCAUCGCAAGGGGCCCGCUGCUGCCGGCAAGCGCUAGGCCGUCUCGUCUGUUUUCCCGCACGUGCAAGCGGGACGUCGCUCCGAGAAUUUUUUUUAUAAUGUUUCUACAAACAUAACCUUAUUAACAUAUAUCGAUGGCUUAGAAUGAAAACCUUGCAUCUCAUAAAAUGCAAAUUUUACAGCAGAGACAAAAAAGAGUGCUACUGAUAUUACGUGGUUUUCUUUUUUUCCCCAAUAGAAAGCAAUAGGAUGCACGUUUUAUUUCUUUCAGCCAAACUUUUUUGUGAGAUACGAGGUUUUCCCAUGGGUUUUCCAGCCAAAAACAUAAAAAAAACGUAUUUUUGUCCAAAAAUUGAGAUACGAGGUUUUCAUUCUAAGCCAUCGAUAUAUACAGGUUGAGUCUGAAUUUGACAGACUAAAUUGCAGCUGUAGGUUCAUCACCACAGAAUAAGUUGAAAACAUAUGCAUGAUUUGAUAGUCUAAAGUGUUCUCCAAGGCUGGUAUAAUUCUUUGAAGUUGGAGCUUAAGAACAAUUUUAUAUUAAAUUUUAGAGAAAAUUUUUUUUUAAAUCAAAUACUGAGGUUCUAUAUUAUUUUUACUCGAACAAACUUGUACGAUUAUGACGCAGUCAUAAAGUGAUUUCGUGAAAUAAUUGGGGAUAGUAAAAUGUCUCUACAAUUUGUGUAAAAUAUGGCGUUGCACGCAAUUAUUUCAAAGAAAUCAUUUCAAAUGGCAGAAAAAUUCAGGGCAUUAAUUGAACUUUGUUCAAUUAAACGUAAAUAUAGAACUGUAGUUUUUUUUAUUUUAAAUUUUUUCUUCAUUUGUUACAAUUUUAAAUGAUGUUUAGCUUCAACUUCAAAGAAGUAUACCAGCUUUGGGGAGCAUUUUAGACUUUAAGUCAUAUAUAUGUUUUCAACUUAUUUUGUGUUCAUGAACCCGCAGCAGAAGUUGGUUGAUCGAAUUCAGACACUCCCUGUAUAAUUGUAAACGUGCCUCUUUUGUUAAGUUUGCUUGUAAUUGUUAUAGUCUGUUAAACUGAUGCUAUAAGUUGUUGCCAUACCAGUUUAAACGGUUGUUACCAGUAUUUAUUUUAGUUUUAGGUAACGUGCAGGUAACGUGCAUAUGCUGAAAAUAUUACGAAUAUCUAAAAUUGACUGUGCUGUAACCCAAAGAGUUAUGAAUCCUAAGUUCAAAUUUAAUAUUUGUUUGUGCUGUAUAGAUUUUUAUGUCAAAGAGACUGAUAUACCUAUAUAUUAUGACAAAGAUUGACCACAAUGCUUUUGUAGACAAUGUGGUGAAAUCUGUGAUGUGGAAUCUUUCUUAUUACAUGUGGACCAAAAAGGCCAUUAUUUUUCUUGAAUAAACAAGAAAUGUAAAUUUAGAAGCUACCUCAUAUAUAUUGGAGUAAAAAAAAUGUGAUAAUACUAAGAAAGUAGGUAAAAUAAUAGUUCAUUUAUUUUGAUCUCUCUGAAAAUAAGGUACUUGAUCGCAUAAGCUAUUGUAAUUAAUUUCAGAUAUCACUCUUCAAUAAAACAAGUGUUUUUUGUGAAUGUAGUUUUCAUAUAAAAUUAGUAUUAAAAUAACUACUUUCACAUAGAUUUACCUAAGAAUCUUGUUACCUAGCAUUAUGUUUUCCAGUUAUAAUCAAAGCAAAGAAAUGUGUAUUUAUAUACAAAUGCUAUAUUUUAUUACAGUAUGUACUGGAUAGUAGUAAGAUUUAUGUUACUGUAGAAAAUUAUAGGAUACCUAUAAAAUGUGAUAUUAUUUAGUUAAUGUAUAAAACCCAUUUGCCAUAUUCCUCAUGAUGCAGUUCCUUUUUCUGGCUUUAGCUUUUUGUCAGUGAUUUCCCAUAGUUCUUUCUGGACAACCUGCUAUAGUUAGUGCAUUAAAAAAUAUAUUUGACGUGUAUUGUCAUCUUUAGUGAUUUUUUUUUUAUUGGAGUUACGCAUGCCGGCAUUUUAGUUUCAAGUGUGAUUGAAAUCUCUUAUUGUUUGUUGGUAGUUCAAUUCUUUUCGUCAAAUUUUGUAAGACCAUAACUUUGGUGUAGUUUAUUUUCAUUUAGUCUAGCUUUAUUUUAUUAUACAGUCGGACUUGGAUAGUUUGAAACUGAAUGGACCAUUGGAAAAAUUCAAAUUAUCCAAGAUUUUGAAUUAGCCAAGCAAAAAAAAAAAAUAUCAGUCUCGCCUAAAAAUGAUACACCUAAACCAGGUCUAUUGUCGUCAUUCAAUCAAUUGCUUCUUGAGAGAAAAAAGGUUAAAAAAAUAUUUUUAACAAACAGCUUUAUAUGUACAUAUGUACUGUAUAAGGUUACAAUAAUACAGUGUUGUACAGUAACAUGGAUUUUAGUUUCAGAGAAGUCUAAAGGCAUUAUGUACAGUACUGUAUAACAGAAAAACAUUCAAACCUUUUGGAAAAGGUUGAUUUUUAGCUCUAAUUUUUGCAUUCAAAUAAAAAAUUUUUAGAGUUUAUUUAGAGCCUGAUAGUCACAUUUUCUCGUCCUACAAGAAAACCCCUCGAUUCCUUGAUGUGGUCCAUGGCUUCGAUGGUUGUAGGCACUGGUUUCUCAUUAUUUGAGUGUUUCAUCUUCAUCUGAAGACGGGGAGACAGCAGCCGGUGUUUUGAUGACGUCGGCCAAAAUUUCAGCAUCUGUAAUCUUCCCACAUACCGCCAAAUCAUCAUCGAUUCGCACAAAGUCCUAGUACGAAACACCAGCACUUUCAUCUGUUACUUCUUUCCAGUUUUCAGCAGUAGGCACAAUCUCAUCAUUUCCUUGAAGUCGUUCAAGUGUGAUUUGACGAAAGCCUGCUUUUUUAAAAUAGUUUGCAACAGUGUUUGGCUUCACUUGAUCCGACACACUGCUGCACAUUCGGGCUGCUUGAAGGAUGAUAAUUUUCACUUUGUGAAUUUUGUUAAGAAAUCCUCCUGACAGAAGGUUCUGGACUAAAAGACAUUGGUAGAAGUAUUUGAAAUUGUUUAUGACUUCUUGAUUUAUUGGUUGCACUUUGGAAGUCAUAUUAGGAGGGAAAAAUAAAACUAACAAUGGAAUGUUGUUGUGGGCCAUGCAAUUGUCAACAAACAAUACAAUUAUGCAUUUUUCUUAAUAAUAUUUUUUGUCCAGUUUCAACAACCAUUUUUCAAAGAGAUCACCAGUCAUCCAGGCUCUUUUGUUGUCAGCAUACUCUAAAGGCUUUGUUUUCACAUUUUUAAAACAUCUUAGUAUUUCUGACUUCCCGACUUCCCGACUUCCCAAUCAUUAAGAGGGGGAAACUUUUCGGAACCAUCCAUAUUUCCCCCAACCAAGAGUGUGACAGGGUCCUUACUAAGUUUCCCCCCCCCCCCCCCCCCCCCCCCCCCCCCCCCGUUGCAUCUUUCAUUUUUGAGUUUCAGUGUUGUGUGGACUGCAUUUGUAAAACAAGCCCAUUUCAUCCACAUUAAAAAUAUAUUUUGCAUUUCGAUCUUAAAUCAUCUAGACCAAAUCGUUUUUUCAGUUGGUGACUGCUUGUUGUUCUACACUCCCACUUUCUCCACAAACAGUUUUAAAAUAAAUAUUCCCUUUUUAAACCCAUCAAGCCAACCGGUGCUACCCUUAAAAUUGUCUUUUCCCAAGCUUACAGCAAAUUCUUCAGCUUUAGCCAUGAUAUAAGAGGUCCAUUCAGAGGAAUCUUUUCAUCUCAUACCUGCUUCAACCAUUUUUAAACACACUCGUCCACAUCAGGGUUUUCCAGUCCCUUAGCCCAUUUCCUACCUUUAUCAAUGUGAGCUAAACUGCUCAAGAUUUUAUCUUCAUUUUUAAGAUAUGUGGACAAAGUGUAGAGGGGGAAUCUCAGUCUUUCGCAAUCUCGAAGGAAUUUUUUUUUCAACCCCUUUACCACCCCGUGAAUGGCUGCUGCAUUUUCAGCAAACGUUAAGGCUAUGUACGUAACCCUAGUUGAUUUGGACAAAGACAAUGUCAACACAACUUAGUAAUCGUUUACCUACACUACAUAUGACGCACUGUAACUUGAAAUACGGACCUAAAACUCUGUUUCACAAAGAAUCCCAAUAUGUACACUGUACUGUAACAGCCUACUCCGUCUGUUGAUAAAUAUAGGCUGAAGAGCGGGAUGGAAAUGUUGAUGUAGGUUAAGGGGGGGGUAGUGGAACGGUCGAAGCCUUUGAUGCAGUCACCCUAGCAGACACAUCAGAAAACUCCCUGCGACGGCAAGCUGACGCGGCAGUACGUAAACAGAAUGUCGAUCCACUGCAAGUUGACGUGGCAGUACGUAAACAGAAUGCCGAUCAGUCUGUCACACAUCAUUUGUACAGUACAUAUUCAUCUAAUCUCUCAAUCAAGCCUGCUAACGUUUACAAAGCUUCCCUGAUCCUUUUAGAGUUCUGGUGCUAUUAUGAAAGAUAUAUUUGUAGUUUUUGUACAAAACUAAAUUCAAUUUUACAUCGAUUCAUAUAAAUAAAAAUCAGAUUAUACAUUUUUUACAUUGUGUGUAUAAGAAUGUCAAGGGACUGACAAAAAGGUUCGAAUCAUCCAAGAUUUCAAAUUAAAAACAUUAAAAUUAUUCAAGUCUGACUGUAAAACUUUUGUAAACCAAAAUAUAAAUUUUUGUACACAUGAAUUUUCAUUUCUACAUUGACUGAAAUUUACUGUGCCUACUCUAGUGUUAGUGUUAUAUGUCAACUGUAACUGAAAAAAAAUUUGUAAUAGUAAUAGGUGUACUAUAUUUAACAUUUAAAGAAAAGUAAUAUUUUGGUUCCAGAUUUUUCAGGUAUGCCAAUAUCAAGAAAUAGGUUUUGUUUUUAAUAGAUUUUGUUUUAGGUUUUAUUUUUUUUGUUAUCGGUUAUAUUUUUUUCUAGAGGUGCAAGAGUACUAAAAAUUUUGAGUUGAGUAGAUAAGUACUUGAAUCGAGCCUAAUUUUAAAGAUCAAAAAACUUGAUUAGUUUGCUGUUUAAUCUACGAAAUACUAAUGAAACAUCACUAAUACAAACCUGGAGAAAUCUAUAAUAAUAUACCACUAAUCGGGAAACUCGUACAAUGGAGUUCAGUCAGAAAUGUGAUUAUUUGAUGCAGAACUAAAUAAAAUGUUGUUGAUUACAAUAUAACUACUUCAGGAUGCAUUGCUUAUAUUCUCCAGCCAUUUCAUUAUUAUUAACAAUGUAGAUAAUUAAGUAUUGAAUUUGCUAGCGAUGGUGGCUGAUUUUAACAUCAUCUUUUGGUCUUUAUAAUAAAAAAAAAUUUUUAAUGUUUUGCUACCAUUUAAUACAUUAUUUUGUUAUUUAACUUAUACUACAAACACAAAAUAUAUAACUUAUGUGCAAGAGCCAUACUAAAUUUUUUUGUAGAAUUUGCUGUAGAAACAUCUGUUUCUUAAAAUGUUGAAUAACCUUUUCCACACAGAUUUUAAGAAAUAAACAAAAAAAUACAUUUCUGUUUUACCAUUCACCUAGCUGAAAUUAAAAAUGGCGCACGUGAAGUAAAGACGAAUGAGCAAGUGACGAAAAAAAAAUGGACGAAGCACAAUAUUUACCGGACAAACACUAUAGUUACCAUAACUACAGGAACACACUUACUACCACAGAUGCGCUAUAUUUUCCGUAAAUAACUUGCAUAUUGGGCAAAUUAAAUGUUACGGCACUGCUACUUCACCCGUCGUUCAGAAGCACAAUAUUAUCUUGCAUACACCCGAACAUUUUUGCUGGGUAUAUAGUGAAUAGGGCGAUAACGAACUUAAAUACUUAAAAUGGCAUUAAAAUUAUAGUGUAUGUGAGAAAAAUUUUCAUUUUAAUGUUCGAAAUUAACAUCCCAAAAAUUUAGUCUUUAACUGCAAUAUAGCUGGAUAAAAACAUUUUGGUUUCCUUGAGUUUCAUAAUAAAAUUUGAAAAGAGUUAAUUCUGUUAUUUUUUAUUAAUAGGUACUACUUGCGUACAAACUUUUUUUUAAGAAAAUUUCAAGUACCUAAAUUACAUGGAAAUGUAAAGUUGAAAAUUAUUUUCUAAAUCUUAAGUACUGCAGGUAGCGACUGUAGGCUAUUAUGCAGUUAGCACUAGUGAUUCAAAAACCAUCAUGAGAUACUAUGUACAGUGUGUACUUUUGUGCAAUUAUUUCCGGUUAUUUGAGCUUAAAAGUAAAAUGCCAAAGAAUCUAUUUUAAAAUACUCUACUCGUGCAACACAUUUUCUUCAAUUUUCUAAGUAUAUAGAAAGAUUAUUUCAAUUGAUCAUUUAAGACUGUAUAAUAUUAAAAAAGAAUCAUUUAAUAAACUACAGUAAAGUUUUAUUCACCAUUAGUAUAUUUUCUCUGUAUUUGCUCUAUUUUGCCUUUGUAUUUUCUCUCCAUGUUCAAUUUUACUUCCAUUGCGUAUUUAUUUCUCUACGGGUUUAAAAAUAAUGUUGAAUUAUUAUAAAUAUUUACAUUCCUAGUAUUUUCUUUAUGUGGUAUCUACUCUGUUAUUCAUCACUAUCUGUUCUGUAGUGAUACCCAACUGAGAACUGAGAAAAUGUUAUAAAUUUUUAAUUAUUUAUAGCUAUAAUUAACACCGUGAUUUUUUUGUUGUGUAUGCUGUAAUAUGUGAUAUUUUUUUAAUUGAAAAUACAGCAGAUUCAUUACUUAAAACUGACAAUGUAGAGAUUCUGCAAGAUUUGUUUUUCAACGCAUUUAUUGUACAGCAUACAUUUAUUAUUUUGUUUGUGUUAUUUUUCUUGUAUUGGUCAGUGGUUUUUAUAUUAUAUAUUUUUAUUUUUUAUUUUUAGUACAGGCAGAACUCAUAUCUUUGCAUUCAAUUUUCUUGUAGCAGAUUCUUAUACCUAAUUAAAUUCUUCAAAUAUUAGACAUGAACAACACAGCUAACUUAUUUUCUAUCCUAAUUAAACUUUAUAGAUUUACUUUCAUUUAAAUUUUCAAUUAAAUAUUACAAUAUGCAUAUGCUAAAGUAGGGGACCGCCUGUAUGUAUUUUGUUUAGUAAAUAAACUAUAUGUUUGUUAUCUACAUAAGACAUUACUGUUUUAAGUGGUUACUAAAAUGUUAGUACCUUAUUGUUUUGUAUUUCAAAGGUAGCUUAUGAAGUCACUGUUUAUAUGGUGUAUAAUUUUAUACAGGUACUUAAUGAAGUUUUCUAACUUACGCUGUUCAAUAACCUGUCAAUUAGCUUUUUUAUUUUUACAGAUAUCAAAAAAUAGUAAAUUGUUUUGUUAAAGAGCUUUUUCAAUUUUUUUUUCUUGUGUAGCAUGUGGACCUAAACUGUUUUAUGUUUAAAGGAUUUUGAGUUAUUAGUAAAAUACUUUUGUUAAUGAUGCAAUUUUUUUUUUUUUUACAAAAAUAAUAAUUUUUUUCCCUAAAAAGUAUGAGUAAAAUAUGUUAUCUCAAGUUUAGUACUUGCUUGUGCAGUUUGUGCAAGGGUGAUAAGGUAUAUGUAGCUUGGUACAUCUAAAUUAUUUCAUACUUUUAAUAUUUCAUUGUCACAGGUGUAAAUUUACAAGUAUUUAUGUUGGUUUCAAGGGUGUUUUAGUUAUGUCUAUAAGGCAGUCCAACCAUGUGAUUUGAUUUCAUGUUUUAAUAUGACGUUCUCUUAAUGUUGGUGUGUAAUUUAUAACGUGAAAAUUACCUGUUUUUUUAGUUCUAUUAUUUUUCUUCUUACAUGAAAAUGUUUAUAUACACUAUAAAAAUGUGAAUAUUAGAUUUAUCAAAUAAAAAUGUGACUUGUCAUAA